CUCUCUCUAUCUGUCUCUCUUAUUAGUCUUGCAUUUUAUAUUCUAUUCACAAUAAUUUUCUUUCCCUUUACGUUUCUCUCUGGCAAGUUGUCUCCAUUUCCCCUGCAACUGGGUCUUUUUCUAAUUCCCGUUGAAUACUCCCUUUGACACUAAUUUAGUUCCAAAACACAUACGUUUUCUCCUCCAGCAAAUUAUUUAAAUAAUCAAAUUUCUUCAUAUAAAACUCAUACACAAACACCAUUUAUAAUGCAAUUUCCUCUGCAACUGGGUCUUUUUUAAGUCUUCCUUGCUAUUUUUUUAAAUACCUAUUUUGUUUUCAUUCGAAGACUUUCAUAUGAAAUCUCCCUCAACAGAAACAUCCAAACUUCCUAAUCCAAAACUCGCAUGCAUUUCGCUUUUGGUUUCACACCCAUAUUUUUAAUUGGUUUCUAUUUGAUUUCUACUCUCUACAGAUUAGAAGGCCGAUCAAUGAGAACAGAAAUCAGAAAGAUCUCCAAGUCUGCUUGGCCUAAAGUAGUUGCGCGGAAAUGGCUAAAUAUACAGAGUGGAGCAGACGAGUUUCAUUCCGAUUAUUGCAUAAGAGACAAAGCUAAGGGAAGGAAGAGCUGUUCAGACGGGGACUAUUACGUUUUCGUACCAGAAGACUUAUCAGAAGGGUGGUUGAUGGAAGCCAGUAAUGGAGUUAAACGGUCAAAAAUGGAGCAGGAAGCAUCACCUCCCACCGAUUCUCUCAAUCUCAGGAUGUUCGUGGGUACAUGGAAUGUUGGAGGGAAGUGUCCCCACGAUGGUCUCAACUUGAGAGAUUGGCUAAAGUCGCCUGCUCCUGCUGACAUUUAUGUUCUCGGGUUCCAGGAAAUUGUGCCCCUGAAUGCAGGGAACGUACUUGGAGCAGAGGACAAUGGCCCAGCUGUCAAGUGGCUUUGCCUAAUUCGACAAGCACUCAACAGGAAUAAAAAUGACCAAGAAUUUCCUCAAUAUUACAAAAAUGCUACUGAAGCUAAACAUUCAUCUUCACCACAAGCUGAUCAACAAGCUUGCUUCAAACCUAGAGUCAGCUUUUCUGACUUGCUUUCAUUAGAAGAUGAGCUUGGGAAUGAGGAUUUUAAAAGAUUACUAUGCUUAAGUGAAGAAGGCUCUCCUAGCCCACCUUGCUUCUCUGCAGGCAGUCCAAUGAGGCAGCAUUACUGCCUAGCAGUUAGCAAGCAAAUGGUUGGAAUCUUCUUAUGCGUGUGGGUUCGAUCAGACCUCUACAAACAUAUUAGUAAUUUGAAGGUCUCAUGUGUUGGUCGUGGCAUUAUGGGUUACCUUGGCAACAAGGGCUCGAUUUCGAUCAGUAUGACGUUGCACCAGACAACAUUUUGCUUUGUUUGCACGCACUUGACUUCUGGGGAGAAAGAAGGCGAUGAGGUCAGAAGAAACUCAGAUGUCACUGAAAUAUUAAAGAAAACUAGGUUUUUUCAUUCAUGUAGAGGUCUUAGUCAACCUCUUCCUCCUGAAAGUAUAUUAGAUCAUGACAAGAUCAUUUGGCUUGGAGAUUUGAAUUAUCGGCUAGCAGCAGGUUGUGGAGACACACAUGAGCUUCUAAAGAAGAAUGACUGGCAAGCACUUUUAGAAAAAGAUCAGCUAAAGAUAGAGCAAAGAGCUGGUCGAGUGUUCAAAGGAUGGGAAGAAGGGAGGAUAUAUUUUGCUCCAACUUACAAGUACCUUACCAAUUCAGAUCAUUACGUAGUCCAAACCUCAAAAUCCAAAGAGAAACGUCGCACUCCUGCUUGGUGCGACCGAAUCCUGUGGAAAGGUGAAGGUCUUAAACAGAUGUGGUAUGUAAGAGGGGAGUCAAGAUUCUCAGACCAUAGACCUGUCUAUUCUUUAUUCUCCGUCCAAGUCAGCCUGUCAUAUUCAAAAACAAGCCAAAAAUCAGGAAGAUCUUUAACAAGUUCUGUUUUGCAAUCUACUUGUGUGGCCAAAGUCCAAGCAGAGGAACUCUUGAUAAUUCCCAGGGCACAAUGCUGCAUAGACACAGCCCCCAGGUUAUAAUAAUCAUUGCUAUAAUAUGUAAUCUAAACCUCAUUUUGUAAAGCAAUAGUCCAGGCACCGCCAGACACUUCCAACGUCACCGGCAUUUUUACGGUAUGGGAUGGCGUGCCCUGCAGUUUCCGUGAUGAUUAGACCAACAAGAACCUUUUUGUUGUUGUAUUAGUAGAAAAUUAUCAAAUGAAAAGAAAAGAAAAG